UGCCUGCGUCACCUCAGGGGUCUCUGCAACCUGGGCUAAUCUUACUGCCGCCCCAUUCUGGCCUUCUGGUUGCCUCUUGGCCCCCGCUGAGGCCAUGGCUGUGCGGAAUCAGUGCGUUCCUUGACGGUUGCUAGGAGAAGACGGCGGGCCCACAGGCAGGUUGGACUGGUGGACUCGGUGUUAGUAGGGGAGACCACCUGGGAGGUGAGGCUCCUGCUGAGUCCUUAAACUUAGACUAGCUCAUCUGGAACUACAAACCCCAGAAGGCUUUUCGCCGAAGUCGUUUGACCCCUGACCUCAGGAAGCCAUUUGUUGCCAAGCAACAGCAACUCCUCCCGGCUUGCAACAGUUGGCGGGCGGCGAUAGAAUCAUGUGCGAGGGCCCGUCCCGCAUCUCUGGACCCAUCCCCCCAGACCCUACUCUCUGCCCGGACUACUACCGGCGGCCGGCCUCGGCCCAAGGGCGCCUGGAAGGAAACGCGCUGAAGCUGGACCUGUCAGGUCGCGACCCGGACUCCAGUCCUCCUCGUGGUCCCCGUAUCAGGCCUGGAGCCCGAGAGAUCCUAGAGCGUGGCCAGCGCGGCGUGGGGGACGUGCUGCUGCAACUGGGGGCCAUCUCCCUUGGUUCAGGGGUCUCUCCUAAGAGGAAGGAUCCAAAAGACCAUGAGAAGGAAAACCUGAGGCGGAUCAGAGAGAUUCAGAGGCGCUUCCAAGAUCAAGAACGCAGGCGAGAGCAGAGCCAGCCUAAGCCCUUGAAGGCACUGUGGCGCUCACCCAAGUAUGACAAUGUGGAGUCUCGAGUCAAGGCCAGGAUGAAGGUAUCUUUCCCUGGGAGCCAGACAUAGUGUCCAUCUUGGCCAACAGACAGUUAUACCCUGAUCUAAUUUACUGAGUGUGGGGGGGGGAUGGUAAAGGCUAAGACAUCUGGGGUGCACCUCUCUGAGGAGCUGAUGGCUUCAGGGUUAGUAAAAAUUAGGCUAGGGGAAGAGAUGAAAGCUCAGAAGUCCUGGGAUCGGGGCAAUGGGGAUAGUAGGUAUAAUUCAACUUAUAAAAGGUUAGAGCUAAAAGCCAGCUGGACACGUAUCUGAAAAAACUACCUAGCCAGGCGUGGUGGUGCAUGCCUUUGA